UAACGUAGUUCUUGUAAAUUGUGAAAGUGCGCUUUGUUUGCUAAAAAAAAUAGUGAAUUCAGUGUGUAUUUGUUGUUAAAGGUGUAUCAAAUGUGUAAUUCAUCAUGACUGAAUGGUAUAGGAUGAGAAACGGAUUCAACAACAAGCAUAAUUCGUCGGAAUUAUCGGUUGAAAGUUCAUGUGAAAUGUCAGACUCUUAUAAUAUGUUUUCGGACAAUUUGAGUCCAAUACCGGCUUCUAUAAUGCCAAGGAAGCUGGAUUUCAGCAGUUUGGAUGACGAUGAUGGCAUCAGGGAUGCGUCGCCGGCCCCACCGUCGUUUAGUCCUCCGUACAAAAGAGUCAGAGCCCUAAGGUUGUUCGACAGCCCCCACACUCCGAAGUCGUUGCUGGAGAAGUGUUCGACGCCCUCCCACCACCCGCCCCGGUCGAGGCUGUUUCCGCCCAAAUUGAACGCGCCGACGGGCAUGCCGUCAGGAUCCAGUCAUCACCUCCACCCGCCGUCAGGGGACGAAGACAGCGCGUUGGGCAGUCUACCACCUGACGACAUGGAUGACUCGAGACCGCGGCCUGCCGCCAACAUCAACCCAUUCACGCCUGAUGGUCAAGCGUUGAACAAGAAAAAACGGGCGUUGUCGAAAACGCCGACAUGGGAUGCAACGCCCGAGCAACCUGCCAAAAGACUCAGGGAGUCAAACAUAUCCCGCUACAACGUGGAGUUCAUAGAGCUAGGCGUGAUAGGCCGCGGGCAGUUCGGGCGCGUCACUAAGUGCGUGAACAAAUUGGACGGCUGCGUCUACGCGCUCAAACGGUCGUUAAGGCCUGUAGCGGGGUCGGCGGCCGAAAGGGCAGCGCUGACAGAGGUUUACGCACACGCCGCCUUAGAGAAGCACCCGCAUGUCGUCAGAUAUUACUCAGCGUGGGCGGAAGACGACCAUAUGAUAAUCCAGAACGAGUACUGCGACGGUGGCUCCCUCCAACAGAAGAUGGAAGCCGGGCCUCUGGCGGAGAGCGAAUUGCUGUUACUACUAGCGCACAUAGCUGACGGAUUAGCCUACAUCCACUCCCGAGCGCUGGUCCACAUGGACGUGAAGCCGGGCAACAUCUUCCUGUGCAGCGCCGACGUGGCGCCGGCCGACAGCGACGACGGCUACGACGACGACGAGCCGCGCCCCGACCACCUCUACAAGAUCGGAGACCUCGGCCACGUGACGUGCGUGUCGUCGCCGUCCGUAGAAGAAGGCGACUGCAGGUACUUGCCCAAAGAAGUGUUGCAGGAAGACUUCACGCAUCUAACCAAGGCUGACAUCUUUGCUUUCGGUCUAACGUUAUUCGAGGCGGGAGGCGGUGGUCCUUUACCGAAGAAUGGGCAGCAGUGGCACGAUUACAGAGAAGGCAAGCUGCCCGACCUGCCCGGACUGUCGAGGGAGUUCAACCAGCUUCUAAAGAAAAUGGUGGAUCCAGACCCGACGGUGCGACCGUCCGCCGCCAGGCUUCGUAAGCACCCGCUGCUCCACCCGUCGUGCAACAAAAGCAAGUCGCAGCUUCGACGUGAGCUGGCCGCGGCUAAGAUGAAGAACGAACUGCUGGCUAGGAAGCUGCAGGAGGCUGCUAGGUUAGUAGACACUAAAGUCCGGUCGCCGAGCACGCAGAAUUUCGUCCAAUGA